CACGGUGACACGGAUACGGUAAUCAAUCAGUCCAACGUCUCCACAGAACGAGCAUCCUCAUCAUGAGUGGUCACCAAGAUGCCAUAUCCCACCGUGUUUUCUCACCGUAUACGCAAGCGAGACGCUGCGUUCUCACUCGUCCUGCCUCAGCCCAAACCGCAGUCUCAAUGCAUGAGGCUGGCUGACUGUCUCUGUAGGCCAAGAAAGUGGUGAUGCCAGGAGUUCGUGCGCCAUUACAGCCUUGGUAUGCAGCAUAACUGGUAACGUCCACGAGGCCCGGCGCCAAAUCUCCCAAACCCAGCUAGUUCCGAGCUUGGUAUGGUUCAUCUUCCUGUUCCUACAGAAGUCUCCGGGCAAGAGAUCUGGCCUGCGUUUGUUUGGCGGCAGAUGCGCGUCCCUACAUUAACACAUGCUCAUAUCUGGUCGAUCAUGAUGCCAUCUGAACUUUGGAAGAUCACACGAGGGCCUUUGCGACACCAUCACUCAUUAUCUUCAACUAGGUACGCUAACUCCCACGUUCCUCACCUCCUACCUAGGUGGUAGCCACUACACUGCAAUUUACUCAUUUGCACUUCUGCUUCUCAUCCGAGAGUCAAACCCAUUCAUACAUGACUCCUCCUUUCUCCCACCUCCCUAGGCAAAUCACGAUCGCGACAGUGCCUACAUAACGCCUAAUAUCUGAGGGGCGUGUGGUUUUGUGGUUUCUGCGUGUGACGACGGUUCAUGUCUUGAAUCAGCCCUCCUCUUGCUCGCUGCCCGACGCCCAAUUAACCAAGAAUGUUGAGCGCCAACUCUGGUUCCGCUGGCUGUGACUUUCUUGUUUGUGAGUGCCAGACUAACAGCCCGUUAUCUCACCGGUUGUCUUGACUUGCGGUCUGGCUGACCAGUCUUACCUACCUAUCCAAGUCACUCUGCCUCAGCCCACUGCCUACCGUAACAGGCUCAUGCUCGCGAGCAAGGUGGCACUCUGAGCUGAUAUGCAUACCUCGCAAUCUACGGCGACUGCAUUCACGUUUGUGGAUAUUCAAGGAUACAACCGGUUGAUUUGCGCGCAUUCGCGGUGCAUCUGUCGUCUUCAAUUCUCGUGGCUACCCGUUUGGCACUCUGCAUCUCGUCAAUCGUUCCCGCAUCCGGAUUCCCAUUUCCAGACCCUUUGUUUCGGCCCUGAAGGGCCCUGAAGAUUGCUUGUUGGGGAAACCCAGCGAUGAACCCCACCAUGCAAGAGAGUCACAACUUUUCUGACCGAGGGUUCAUUGUCCCUGAUUAAUGCCCGUUCAUGAUUCAAUUAGUCUCUGACCGACGUAGACAUUGCAGUGCAAGAAAGGAACAUCAAUAAAGUCAACCAUUGAGUUGGCGACCAGUGAACGGCCAUGGACUUCAUAAUUGGACAUGCAGCACAACUCCCUCUUACGCUGUCAUCAAGGACUAUUUUGUGUAAGUCAUUGGGCGUUAGCCGAGAUACCAAUUGGCGGCCUCACAACUGUCGUCCUCAAAUUACGUGGCUCUCAGCAGAUGGUAGUAUCAGGCGACCAUUGCUCUCCCAACGAUUGAUCCCCAAUUUUACAAUUCAAUGUCAAUUCAAUGUUCAUUAUUCACACAAUUGCGUACAUACACAUCGCUAUGUUGCUUCCUCAGGCUUUGGGCUUCACUUCUCCCCACACUGAAUUGAUGUGAGUCACAGGAUAUGGAGAAACAGGCUUGGACUCCCGCAGGAGCAGACUAGAGAACCCAAAACGAGACCUGCCACCAAGUCAUGUCUGGUCUAGUGUCUUGGCUGGUUUGGGGGCGACCCAGACCAGGGGGGAGUGAAUUAUCGAUAAGGAGUUUGUGGCACUGAUACGUUUGGGCUUCUGGAAGGAUUGCUGAUUGGUGAACUUUAGCGUUCAACGAUGGAUUGAGUUGUUGUUGAACGAGAUGAUGGCAUGAUGGCAUUUGCAUCAUGGUCAAUAUCAACGUCAUCAUCUCUCGAUGACAUGAGAUGGUUUUCUUCGUUGGACCCGAAAGUAGCAUGAGGUAUGUUGGCUUGUCGUGGUGAUUCCCAACAAUGACACAGUCAGGGUUAUGGGCAAAUUUAUCCAACACUUUGGUCAGCUUGAGACAGGAGCAGAGUGCUCCGUCGGGUGAGCCGGACGCUUCAUAUCAGCAUUGCCCCAAGACAGCACAAUUGCGUGGCCUAGUUGACGGAGUAAAGCCUGACGAACCCCGAACGGAGCUGGACAGUUGCUAUAGUACAUAAAGCCGAAAUGAAACGCAUUGCCACUCUAAGGUGUAAGCCUGAGGCAAAGCCAACACCAUGAGGGAUUCGCAAAGCAAUGAGAGGAACGAUGGUACGAGGACGCUAUGUCUGAGUUCAAUUCAAUUUGGAAUUUGAUCACAUCAGCAAUGACGGAGGAAGCCCGAGCCGAGCAACCGCGAACCAUGAAUACCGAGGUGGGACAUGCGUAUCUAGUUUGAUGGUUGGUAACCUUGGCAUCAUGUUGCUACUGUCGAAAUAAACGAGCUGCACACCUCCCUUUGCUGCGAUUCUCAUUCAGAGACAAGGUGGGAAGGACAAUUGAUAUCCGCUUCCGAAUAUUUAUCGAUAGCAAAUGGAUAUUCCCCAGAGUUUGGCAGCGGGUGUUACAGAUGAACUAACCAGGUUCCCCACCAUUGGCCUUGGAUCUUCAACCGGCGUCCUCUGGCAGGUGAGCAAGUGGUGGGAGGGAGCACAUGACAAGUCAUGGUGGGAUUGGCUUAUCAGUUCUUCUGAUAACGAAACGCUGGUUUAUCACUGAUUCAACUGUGUAGGGUUCAAAUGCAAGACAUGCGUUGCAACAAGCAAGGAAGUUGCUGAGAUUUGCAAUGGUUGAUGGGCAUCUGCCCUCCAUUUCUGCUCGUAAAGGCUGGUAGCAGAGUCGGGACGACGGCCUACCGCGCUUCAAUCUCUAAUGGCAUGGAUGGUUGUGAAACGGCCCGCUCGGCGCGUGUAUCCUCCGUACCAUCCAUUCCGUCUCCUUAAUCGGUGGUGGCUGAUCAACAUCCGUCGUAGUGGUGGCCGCCCUCACUCCGAAGGCUCACCUAUGAGGGCUGCUCUUGAAUGUGAGAGGACCAUAAGCUCAGGGAAGGGUGCGUCUGAGUCCGGAGGCUGGAGUCAAGACGCUCACGAGGCAUGUCCCGUGAAGCGUCACCCGUCCCAUAUCGCCUUGCUACCAUACUACCAUAUAUCAUUUGACCGCUUUGGUCUGAGACAAUACAGUGGGCGAUUCUGUGCGUGAGUUUGAGACGCGCGAGUCUGAGCGCAUGAAUCUCGGGUAGAGGCAAUUCUGGCACCCACAUCACUUCGCAGGAUCGGAGAAAUGAAACGGCGUAGCCUAUCCCAACAUCCUGGAUCAAUUCGGGAAGUUAAUGAAGGACUCAGCGUGCUGCGCGCGCCGGCAGGUCACCAGCACUGUCUCAGUGUCUAACUGUCUAUCAACUCCACAUACGAGGCUAAUGCUGGUGACCGACGGAACAUAGUUGGAGGCGCCAAGGACAUUAGGCCUGUGCGACUGUGAGGACCAAUGUCAUUCAUUGACUGCAAGGGCGGUCAACAUUGAGGCAUCUUUUGUCCAUCUCCCUUCUCAAGCGACAGAGAAGGGAUAGCAAUGGAUGCAUCAAACCAAGGAAAUCGGCGAGUCGUGCAGUUGAAGCUCACGACAUUUGGGAUCCAAUGCGAUCUGGACCACCUCGAGCAUCCAUCAAAGGCUGAGCGAAAGACGUCAUCCAAAUGCUCGUCACAGGGGCCAGUCUUUGACGGGCGUGUUAGUGGAGGGACCCUUCGACACUAGUGCUGGCUUCGAGUGAACUGUUGGUUCGCUUCCAUGGUUCUUUGAUGCCCGGCGCGACCCCGCGAUAGAGGGGUCAAGCAAGUCAAAUUGACUCAACUUCUUCUAAUCAACAAUUGAGAUAUUAUGCCUCACUUAUCGACUUUCUUGAAAUGGUUGCCAUGACUGGAGUGUCUAUAUCACAAGAUUGGGCUCACAAUUGUUUAUUCAGGCGCCUACAGCGUCAACACCAAGCACAGAGUAUCAAGUGUCUUGUCUUGUCUUGCUCUCCAAUUUGAUUGACACCCACGCGACGCCAUAUCAUGCCUCGGCUUCGGGCCUCCACCUCUUGGCUUGCUUGAGAUGGGUUGAAUCGAGCAAUGGAACUUUGCAGCGUUAUUUUCUUUUUACCCUUCGGCAUUUGUAACGCAAAGAAACGGUGAGAGGUAUUGAUCCACCGUCUUAGUUCUAGAGUCCGUCUGCUUACACCGUCCCCGUCCGUUGUGUCCCUCGAAUUCGGCCCUCCGUUUCCCUUUUUUUCAACGUGCCGUCUCUCAGUUCAACCAAUCUCAGGCGGCGGUUGAUAUGUCGCCCGCCUUGUUGAGCGGCUAAGGCAGAUUCGGGCCGCAUGCACGGGUGGUUUUGUCAAAUUCAAUUCGAUUCACUCCAGCUCUUCCUCGGUUAUGAGUAUGUCGGCGGUCAAAAACAAGGUUCUCAUAGUGUUCCAUGCUCAGGUAUCACUUCAGUCAAGACACUGAUCACUUGAUGAUUGCUUCUGUUGACUUCGAUGGCAUUGAGCAACUAUCGGCGCUGCUCCGCAUAUCAAAGUCCAUGAUAAGCACACUCCCUCCCUUCACUCGACUUCUCCGCCUGGAAAGAAGAAUCUCCACUAUGAUCCAUAGCCACAAGACAACUCGACUCCAUAACGGACGGCCCCGCUGAGGUACCUCAAAUCCCUCCCCGUCUUCUGGGUCUGGUUCCUAGGCUUGACUAGACACAGCAAAGACCCCCUCUAUCUUUGCUAGCUUUGCCAUGUGAAAGUCGAACCCCUCGCGUCUGGUGGGGGUAUCACUUUACGCGGUUACCAACAGCGGCAACGUGCAGUUUCUACGAAUAUCGUGCGGUCAUUUUGAUGCUACCCAAUGGGACCGAGCAUUCGCCUCUGGCCAUCAAUCGUCUUCUAUUUUUUGCCUCUGAGUACUGAGAGCAAAUACUGGUAAAUAAAAUUUACGGUGAAGAUGCGGGCAGCCAGUGUGGCGUACACUGAUUCUGGAGUGAGGACUCAGGACUGGAAAAGAGAACAAGAGGCUGCCAGGUAAACAGUAGCACUGCAUUUGAGGCGUUAUCCUGUCAAUUCGAGCGGGAUGCAAUUGGCGCAGCUGAUACGCUGGCAGAAGCAAACAUCCUUGGUCAAUCCAGUAGCCCAGCGUGUCAGCUUCUGCUUGGGCGCAGUGAAUCAAUGGUCCUGUGUAACGCGUCUACCGUUUUGAAUGGCAAGGUGCAAUGCAAUUGAUAGCUACCAGUCGGUACUGUCUGUCUACUCCGUCCGUAGGCCUCUCGCCUCUUCCCUUUCCUUCCCUUGUUUCCUCUGAUGCGCUGUCAGUACGACCUUGGUUUUGUUUCAUGCCGUGGAGCCACAUAAUGCAUAACAUGGCAUGCAACGCCAAUUUAGCUGGGGCUUCUCCCAGUAAACUUCCAGUGUUUUAUUGACUCAACUCAAUGGAUGUCGUUUCAGAAACGAGGGGCCUUUGAAGAUCUGCCCUUUCAAGGAACGAUUUCUAUUUGCGGCGUUGGGAUAAUUGUUGGCUACUCUAAGCUUUUUGACAAGUCAUCCCAGCUGGCCUCAGGUUAAGAUGCUACGCCGGAGAGAGUUUGGCUUCUUACAGCCACCCCCUGACGGGCGAGAUGCGGAUGCGGCUUUUGUACGACCUUGGUUUUGGAGUUGCCUUGUUUUUUGUUUGAAUUGGCUUUUCAUGCCGUUCAAUAAACUCCAGCUAGCAAAGGGACGUGCCUGGCGCUGCUUCAGCCUUGAGGCGUCGUGCUAACCAGUCGCCGCGAAGGGCCGUCUGUCGGUGGGAAUGCCGCUCAGAGUUUAAUUGUAACGCCCAAGCAAUAAGCUAUCAGUUGUCGCGAUUGUCAUCUCGGAGCCAAUCGAUAUAUUUCGUGCCCUUGCUCGUGUCGUGGUGUCUACCAAGGUUGUCUUUGUUUUUGCGCCAGCUAGGCUUGCUAGGACUUUUCAGCCGUGCUGCCUUGACCCCAGGAGCCUCAACUGAAGACGAUUGGUUUGUGGUGGUGGCUUCCAGGACUAUCAGAGAGGUUCUUCCCAUGCUCCCGGAUGAUGUGAGUUCCAGAGCGCUGCAAUUCUCAACAUGCCACGGGUGACCGGAAUUUCUCCCCUGGAGCGUGGCGUGAACUGGAGGCGGCGGCGAUUGCCAUUGCCGGCAAAGUCGCGACAGAGUCUCCUGUUGCGCGUGUCCCAAUGUGGUCAUGGUGAUGCUUCUUCUGGCACGUCAAAUAUGACGGCGUGAGGCAAUUGGGAUCAUGUAAAGUCGUAGACCAUCAGACUCUCGCGACCGUCUCGCGCCUCUUUGAGAACGAUGACCAUCUCAUCAUCGAAGCCAACCCAGUUCCUGCGGUCUUCCCACUCAGCCCUUGGCGCCGAUGUAGGGAUGCCUGCGUCAUCGGCUGGCUGCCUGCUCCCUUACCCCGCGGUGUGAUCUCCGCAUCUGAGAUGCCUGAUGUGUGGCCCCAGAGGCGGAUACCCAGGGAUAGUGAUAGGAAUGUCGCAGUCGACGUGCAAAGGUAUAGGACGAGAGUGUUGUCUGGUAGCGUGGCGAGAAGAUACGGGUGGCUGUAGCAAAGAGUCGUAAGCCCUGAUCGUGACUCAUUGGUUUGAGUAGAGUCAGCGCCGCCAGAGGCUGCAAUGGGGAGUGUCGAUGCGAGGCGGGAGGAUAUUGUGUCGACGUCGGAGCCAUCGGCUGACGGCGUUAUCAGCAAGUCCUGAAUGCCGAUACACCAGCCUUCUCGGGCAGAGAAGGUGUAGGCGAUGGAGGCGCUCACAGAGGACGACAUGCGCCGUAUCGAUAGAGCGAGUGGCAAGUGGGUGGUGUGCGACUUGAGCGACGUGAGGAGAUAUGGAGGCGGGAGGAUCGCGCUCGGUGGUUUCUCUGUCGCUGUCGCUGUCGCUUUCGAUGACGGUUCGUCGUUGACACUAUUCGCAGCGUCGUCCGAGGAUUUGUCAUCUGGGCGGUUGAACGUGUAUAGCGAUAUUAAACCCGCUGUGGUCGCUGUUAGGACAUAAGGAUAUCCACAAGCGACAGCGACAAGUUCUCCGUUGCAACUUUUCUCGUGCCGAUAUCUCCGUAAUAGUUCUUGCCGCUCGAGGUUCAACCGCCAAAGUCCGAAGCCGCCAUCUGCGAAUCCCACUACAAUAUCCACUACUGUUCCAGGACCGUUUUCGUCCACCGCAAGUGAUGUCGGUGCAUUAUCGUCGCUUUCGUUUUCCUCGUGCAAGUUGAGCUGCGCAAUCGGUCGCCGCGUUCGAAGAUCCCAUGCGCGCAGUCCAGAUUCCGAAUCGGCCGUUAUUGCAAUGCCCUCCACGACCUUGACUAACGUCCUCUUCUGUCCUCCAUUCUCAUCGGGCGCAUCUCGUACGCUGACCUCUUCCACUGCGCAUUUUCCUCUGGCCCAGUUGUGACGUAACUUAUACUGUCUCUUCCAGUCGACGCUCUCGGUCUUAUUGCUCUCUCUCAGAACCUCAUCCUGCGGCGCUCUUCCUUUUCGUCCAUCUGCCCAUACAGCUCGUCGCGAAGAAUACUGUAACUUGGUUCCUUCAGCUCCACCGAGUCUAAAUCCAGGUAUACGUAAAGCGCGCGGCAGGACAAAGCGCUCGUAGUAAUGUUCGCGCCAGAGAUGAGGAUCCGACGCAAGGCGGUAAAGACGCUGUGAAGUGGGAGAGAUAUUCAGUAACUCUGACGACGACAGGAAGGAUAAUAUUCGCAGUAGAAGCUCGGAGGAGAUCGUGGUGAGAAUAUCGCGGGAAGGUGGGUUAUAUGCCACGUUUGCGAAACGUAAACGUUUUGAAGGCCGAGGUUGAGAUACUUCUUGUGGUUCGGAGGGUUCUUCGGUCGGAGGGAGCUUACGUUUCGGCAUUUUGUGCGGAGAUUGGGCGCUGCGCAGGACGAGCCUGCACUCAGCUAUAUCAGACCUAGAGGAGAAGGAAGAUGAGGGCUUGGAGAGGUGUUGAUUAAGCUCUGAGGUUGGUGGGAUAAAGAAACAAAAUGUCGGUGGCGAUCGAGGUUCAGCGGUUGACCGGAGCUUGGUGGUGAGCUUACCCUGUACAUGUCAUAGUGUUCGAAGAAGUUCGGGGUUUUGACGCAAA